CUCCUCUGCGCCUGCGCCGGCGCGCCGGGCCUUUGCGAGGGCGGAGUUGCAUUCUCCUCAGCACAGACCGGGAGAGCAUCGCGAGGGCGGAGCUGCGUUCUCUGCAGAGAUUUCAGUGGUACUGCGAAGGCGGAGCAGAGUUCUCCUCAGGUCAGACCCGGGCGGGCGGGCUGAGGGCACCGCGAGGGCGGAGCUGCGUUCUGCUUAGCACAGACCUGGGGGACACCGUAAAGGUGGAGCAGCAUUCUCCUAAGCACAGACGUUGGGGGCACUGCCUGGCUUUGGGACAACUCGGGGCCGCAUCGACGGUGAAUAAAAUCUUUCCCGGUUGCAGCCGUUAAUAAUCAAGGUCAGAGACCAGUUAGAACGCUUCAGUGUGGAAAACGGGAAACCAAAAGCCCCUCUGAAUCCUGCGCACCGAGAUUCUCCCAAGUCAAGGCGUGGGGCUGCAUUGCAAGGUCCAACUGCAGUGUCGGAACACAAAUGCAGCAUUCCUAAAGCACACAUGACACCCAAAAUAUAAUACCCACAUUGCUCAUGUGGUUUAGGGUUAGGAUGAGGGUUAGGGGUUAGGGAUUAGGGUUAGGGGGUUAGGGGUUAGGGUUAGGGAGUUAGGGUUGGGGUUGGGGUUAGGGUUAGGGGUUAGGGGUUAGGGUUAGGGUUUUAGGGUUAGGGGUUAGAGUUAGAUUACAAUUUCUAACCUGUUUUAUUUUGUUUUUUUUUUUUCUGAGACAUGGUCUCCCUCUGUUGUCCAAGGCUGGAGUGUAGUAGUGCUAUCGCAGCUGACUGCAGCCUCAACCUUCCAGGCUGAAGCGAUCCUCCCACCUCAACCUCCCACGUGGCUGAGACUACAGGUGCUUGCCACUAUGCCCAACUAAUCUUUGGAAUUUUUGUAUACGUGGAUUCCAGAGGGGUGACAGCGAAACGUGAGUGGGAACAUCCAGUUGCAGGAAAACAAGCUUAACACGCCCACUGAUUCUACAGUAUGCUCCUACCUCCCGGCAGCCUCUCCAGGCCCAGAACUUUCUCCAGUCAGCCUCUACAGACCAAGCUCAUGACUCACAAUGGCCUAUUUAGGCCCAUACCCUAUGUCACUGCAGUCUCUGCAGAUGAGGCUACUGCCUCACAACAGCCUCCACAGGCACAGCUCCAUCGUUACAAUGGCCUCCUUAGACCCAGCUCCUGCCUCCCAGCCUUCUCUCCAGGCCCUGAACUUUCUCAAGUCGACCUCACCAGGCCCAGCUCAUGCUUCUUUGCAGCCUCUCCAGCCCCAGCUCCUGCAUCUUGGUGGCCCCUCCAGGCCCAGCCUCUGCCUCCCGUCGGCCUCUACAGUCCCAACAUCUGCCUCACAGCAGAUUCUUCACGCCCAGCAUCUGCCUCACUGUGGACCCCCCAAGCCAAGCUCCCAACCUUUCAGCAGCUUCUACACAUGCAGCUCCCGCCUGCCAGUGGCCUCUUCAGGCCCAUGGGGCUCAUUCCUCACAACGGCCUUUCCAGGCCCAGUUUUUCCCUUCCGGCGUCCUCUCCGGGCCCAGAACCUCCUCAAGUCGGCCUCUCCAGACCCACUUGCCCCCUCUGGGCGUCCUCUCUGGGCCCAGCUCUUCUUCCUGGUUGCGUCUCCAGGCCCGACUCCUGCCUCUCAACAACCUCUUUGGACUCAGUGCCUACCCAUCUCCUGGUGGCCUUGGUCGGCCCACAGCUUCCUCAAGACAAGCUCCCCAGGCCCAGGUCAGGCCUCACGGUGGCCUCUCCAGGAUGAUCUCCUGUCCUCCGAUGGCAUCUCCAGGCCCCAAAUGGUCUCCGGUCGGUGGGCUCCUCCACGCCAAGCUUGGGCCUCCCGGCGACCGCCGCAGUCCCAAGUUGUCCUGAAGUCGGCCUCUCCCGGCCCUGCCUCCCAGCAAGUAAGCAAGCUCUUUUGGCUCAACUCCUGCCCAGCUCCGAACCGCCUUUGUAGGCCCCGAACUUUCUCCAGCCAAGCUCUGAGGGCCCACUUCCUGCCUCCUGGUGGCCUGUACAGGCCUAGCACUGGUUGGAGAACAGCCUCUGCAGGCCCCACCCUUGCCUCCCAGGGGCCUCUCCAGGCCCAGCUCUUGCCCCCACGGCGGCCUCCCGGGGCCAAGUCUCUGCCUGCCUCCCAGCAGCCCGCGUGUGGCCCAGCUCCUCCCUCACGGUGGCCUGUUGAUGCCCAACUCAUGCCUCUGGCACCCUGCCCAGAGGCGUGAGCCCCUGCCUCACACUGGCUCCUCCCACGCUGAGAGAGGUCAGCGUGAGCCCUUGCCUCACACCGGCCCCUCCCACGCUGAGAGAGGUCAGCGUGAGCCCUUGCCUCACACCGGCCCCUCACACGCUGAGAGAGGUCAGCGUGAGCCCUUGCCUCAACAGGCCACCGUGAGGGAGGAGCAGGGUCGCACGUGGGCUGCUGGGAGGUAGGCAGGGACUUGGGCCUCGGAGGUCGCAGUGGGGCAAGAGCUGGGCCUGGAGACUCCCCUGGGAGGCAACAGCGGGGUCUGCAGACGCCCUUCUCCAGCCGGAGCUGGGACUGUUCAGUCACUGGGAGAAGGGAUGUGGGUCUGAAGAGCUUGGUUGCAGAAACUUCGGGGUCUACAAACGCAGGCGGGAGCUGAGCCAAAACAGCUUGUUUGCUGGGAGGCGGGAGAUGCAGCCAGGAGGAACAGCUGGGCCAUGCGGGAGGCGGAGGCCAGGCCUCCUCAAGUUGGCCUCUCAGACCCACUUGCAGCCUCCCGGCGUCCUCUCCGGGCCCAGCUCUUCCUCCCGGCUGCAUCUCCAGGCCGGACUCUGGGCUGACUCCAGGUCCCAACAACAUCUCAGGCCUCACGGUGGCCUCUCCAGGCUCAGCUCCUGCCCUCCGAUGGCAUCUGCAGGCCCCAAAUGGCCUCCGGUCAGUGGGCUCCUCUAGGCCCAGCUUGGGCCUCCCGGCGGCCUCUGCAGGCCCAAGUCAUCCUCAAGUCGGCCUGGAAGUGGGCCUGGAAGAGCAGCAAGUCGGCCUCCCCGGGCCCAGCUCCGUCCUCUCGGCGGCCUCUCCAGGUGCAAAACUUCCUCGAGUCAGCCUCUCCAGGCCCAGCUCCUCCUGCCUCCCAGUGGCCUCUUUCAGCCCAGCCCAGCUCAUGGCUCUCGGCGGCCUUCCCAGGCCCCGCUUUUGACUUUUGGCAGCCACUUCAGGCGCAGAACUUGAUCUCCAGUCGGCCUUUGCAGGCCCGGCCUCCUGCCUCUCGAAGGCCUGCACGGGCCCGGCCUCGGCCUCGGCCUCACAGUGGACUCUCCACGCCCAGCUAGCUCUCGCCUCACUGCGGCCUCCCCAGUCCAAAGCUCCUGCCUUUCGGCCACUUCGUCAGGUCCAGCUACUGCCUGCCAGUGGCCUCUUUAGGCCCAGCUCAUUCCUCACAACCGCCUUUCCAGGCCCCGUUUUUCCCUUCCGGCAGCCUCUUGGCCUCUAAUUUGUUUAUCUUUUGUGUAUAAAUCCCAAAAUAUUGAAUUUUGGAAUAUUUCCCCCAUUAUAUAUUUUGGUAGGUAAUUUA